CUACCGUCGCUGGCAGGUAGCUCGUAGCUGGCUGCUGGGCAAGAAUAUCAGAAUGCUUAGCUACGUAUUUUAAGAGUGAUUGAUCAUCAUUGAAUUAAAACAGUCAUGAAUUUUUUGACUAGAAACGUAAUAAACGUUGCUAAGGUCUGCUUGAAAAAUUCUCUCGAAGUUGGCAAACCACAGUUAAACAGAUUAUGUGUGAAUCCUAUUUCAACUCAGGCCACUUCUCUCAUCCAAGCUGGAAAAUUGUUGAACUCUACGUCAACUAAUUCAUGCAUUGGGAACCUAAUACAAGGGUUCCAACAAAUAAGAUUGAAAUCGACAUUGUGCAAACUGCACUUUAAAGGCGACUAUAGAAAGAAGAGGAAGAAAAAGAAAAACCCUUUUGACGGGAAACCAUUCGCGAAAGGAAUAGUUAUAAAGACAUUGAUCAAAAAGCCGAAGAAACCAAAUUCGGCGAAUCGAAAAUGCGUUCUCCUGCGCCUAUCAUCCGGCAAAGAAAUGAUUGCAUAUGUACCCGGUGAGGGACACAAUCUUCAGGAGCACAACGUUGUGCUGUGUCGCGUAAGAAAAGUAAAGGAUACUCCUGGUGUGAGAAUCAGAUGCAUUCGUGGAAAAUAUGAUUUGCCCCAUGUUGUUAAGAAAAAGACUUAAUUGUACGUGGUCAAAUUAUUCUUACGAAUCCCUCCCUUGUAAAUGUUAUAUCAUGUAGAGUACGGAGAACGAUGAAGAAUAUUCAUUAAAAUAUUGUUAAUUUAAAAGAAAA